ACUCAAAAAACAACUGAAACACUUUUCUUUUCUUGGAGAAACCAACAACCUCGUCUUUUUCCUCCUUCUUCUACUCUCUCAGUCUUUUGUUGUUUACUCAAUCUCUGUCUCUCACUCUGUUCAAGAAUUGUAGCAACCAACAACACCAUUAAUAAUAUUAAUAAAUAUGUAAAAACUUUCUUCUUUUUGCAGAACCUAGCAUUUUUCUUUUCUGGGUAUUCCCAUUUUUCAUUCAGUUUUCCCGCUACAAUAAUUGUGCUAUUACUACAUUGCAUUGUUUUCUGAGAAAAAUUGGAAGAAAAAAUGAAUGCUAGAGCACGCUCAACUCUUCAUUCAAUCAAAGAGAAGAUGGAAGGAGGAGGGAGCAAAGGAAUGAAAACUGGUCGUCCAUCUAAUCGAGAAAAGAAGAUUGCAUUGUUACAAGAUGUAGAUAAGUUGAAGAGGAAGCUAAGACAUGAAGAGAAUGUUCACAGAGCUUUAGAAAGAGCAUUUACAAGACCUUUAGGAUCUUUGCCUCGUCUUCCUCCUUAUCUUCCUCCAUAUACAUUGGAGCUUCUAGCUGAAGUGGCAGUGUUGGAGGAAGAAGUGGUUAGGCUUGAAGAACAAGUUGUGAAUUUCAGACAAGGUUUAUAUCAAGAAGCUGUUUACAUUUCCUCAAAGAGAAAUGCUGAAAAUUUGAAUGACCCUAUUGACCAAAACCACAUGAGAAGUAAUUCAAAGCAUCAAAGAUCAAAAUCUUAUUCACAAAGUGAAUUUAAUUCAAUGACAACAAGGCUUCCACCACAGAAUUCUCUUGCCAGAAGUGCUUCUAGCAGAAAGCUAUUAUUUUCUCCUGACACUGUCACUAAUCACGGUGGGAGUAAUGGGAAGCAAUUGCAUAGAAAACAAGAUUCAUUCUCAUCUAUACAAGAAGAAGGAAGAGGAAAAGAGAAUCUAUUGUUUAGUAACUUUUUGAAAGAUAAACAGUCUCCAGUGAAGAAAAUAUCUAAACUCAUCACUCCUUUAAAGAAAUCUCCACUCAAACAUGAAUCAGCUCACAAGUCCAUGGAUCAAUUAAAGUUGCAGCUGGAAUGGAGAUUAUCAGAACAUGAAAGGGCACAUAGUUCCUCAAAUUCACCAACAGAUAAUAAAGUGUCAGAAGUUCAUAGCACACCAAAUAGAGUUUCAGAGGAUCUUGUCAAGUGUUUGUCUAACAUAUUUGUGAGAAUUGGUACAUCAAAGGAAAAAUUUGUGGAAUCAAAAACACCUUCAACCUCUGGAUCAUAUUUCAGCCAAUGUAGCAAGGAAAAAGAUCAGUUUUGGGAUCCUUAUCAUAUCUGUUCAGAAUCCAAAACAAGAGAAGUUGGUCCAUAUAAGAAUUUAUGUGAAAUUAAAGGCUCCAAUGUGGAUCUCACCAGAACAACAAAUGCAAUGUUUCUUAUCCACAGAUUGAAGUACCUACUUGGGAAACUUUCAUCUUUGAACUUGAAGGGACUUAACCAUCAAGAAAAACUUGCAUUCUGGAUAAAUACUUACAAUUCUUCUAUUCUGAAUGCAUACUUAGAACAUGGCAUACCUGAAAGUCCGGAAAUGGUUGUAGCCCUAAUGCAAAAGGCAACUAUAGUAGUAGGAGGACAGUUGCUGAAUGCAAUCACAAUUGAGCAUUUUAUCCUGAGACUCCCCUAUCACCUUAAGUUUACAUGUCCAAAAGCUGCAAAAAAUGAUGAAGUGAAAGCAAGAAGCAUAUUUGGACUGGAAUGGUCUGAGCCCUUGGUAACAUUUGCACUUUCCUGUGGAAGCUGGUCUUCACCUGCAGUAAGGGUGUAUACAGCAUCACAAGUUGAUAAUGAGUUAGAAGCAGCAAAGAGAGAUUAUUUACAAGCUUCAAUUGGAAUUACAAAAACAAACAAAAUACUAAUUCCCAAGUUGUUGGAUUGGUAUUUACUAGAUUUUGCAAAGGACCUUGAUUCUUUAUUGGACUGGAUUUGUCUCCAAUUACCAGAUGAAAUAAGAAACCAAGCAGUUAAAUGCCUUGAAGGAAGGGAAAGAGAAUCUCUUUCAAAGUUGGUACAAAUGAAGCCUUAUGAUUUUAGUUUCAGGUUGCUUUUACACCAAUGAAUAAGUGAUAUAUUAGUGUGGUGGAUAUUUUUUUUGUACAAUGGAUAGUUUACAUAGAAAGUAUAUAAGCCAAAAAAACAUGAAAUAAUGUUUGGAAGCAACUUAACCCUAUGACACAUUUCUGAAAAAUCACAUGUAUUUUUGGAAGUGUACUUCCGAAUAUAGACGACAUAAAAUUCAUGAAUGAAAUUCAUUUUCUUCAA